CUUGGAUGUGAUGGAUUAUUAGCUUCUAAUCUCUUUGUAUUAUAGCAAUGCUGUUACCUUACCGCAAGCACGUUUAAAUUUAGUUAUGUGAAUGGUGGUUUAAUGUUUUAAUAGAUUUUUAUGAUUGAAGAUAGCAAAAAGUAGGAAUUCAUUUCAUUUUUCAAAAUGGAUACUAUAAAUUCUGUUCUUGCUAAAUUCGAGGAACCGAAAUCAAAACCUUUAAAUUACAUCAGAAAAAGUGCUUUGAAGAGCAGUAAUACGCAGGAGCUGUUAGCAGAUGUUUUCAAGUUGAUGGUUUGUAGAUCUGAUAGGACUAAUCGUCGAAGAAAUGCAUUGCUUAAAGAAAUUUUCAUUCAAGAUUUCGAAUCAGAGCAAAUUUGGCAGCAAAUAGAACUGAGAAACAAAACAGUUAAAACAUAUAUUCCAGGGAUUACAAAGUUGUUAUUAAACAAAUCAGAAGUUAAGUUUCCAUAUAUCAAGAAAGCUGAUUUAGUUGAGUCUUCACAAGUUGACAAUUCUAAAGAUGAUACAAUAACUGUUGAAAAUGACGAAACUUCUUCAGAUGAAUCAGAAGAUAAUGUCGAUGAUGAAGAAAUUCCAGAUAAAGCAGCCAAUAUUGAAGAUAUGAAUGAUGAAGAUGAAGAAUACACUUCAGACCAGGCAGACGAAGCACCUGAAGUCAAAGUCGAGAGGAAAGCUUCUUCUAAAACUGGGGAUAUGUUCUUUGAUUUGAAUGAAAUGGAAAGUUUUCUAGAAAAAGCCGAAAAUGAGGAGGGAGGUAACGAUGGAAUUGAUUACUUCACUGAUAUGUUAUCUGAUGAGGAGGAGGAUUCUGAUCAACCUAUGUAUAAUGAUUUUUUUGAAGACCCUUCAAGCAAAAAAACUCUUAGGAAUAAAAAAAAGAAUGAUGAUUCAGAUCUUUCUGAUGAGAAUGAUGAAGUUGAGGGUGAAGGUAAUCAUUUUAGAAAAAGAUUGAAGAGAAAACCUGAAAAUUCAGAUAAAGCUGAGGACUCAAAGAAAGUUAGAUUCAUGUCAGAUGAAGAUGAAACGGAUAGUGAUGAAGAUGAAACAAAACAAAAAUCUUCUUUUGAAAAAAAGAACUCGAGACUUAAGGAACAUAUAGCUAAACUUGAAGAUAAAGCAUUGAGCGAAAAGCCCUGGCCACAGAAAGGAGAAGUCGACUCCCAAGGGCGCCCUGAAAAUUCUCUUCUAGAGGAAAUUGUUGAUGUUGAUUUAUCAACUAGGCCAGCGCCUGUUAUGACUGAAAAGGUUACACUUGAUCUCGAAUCUAUAAUUAUUAAGAGGAUUAAAGACAGAGCGUUCGAUGAUGUUGAAAGGAAAAUUAAGCCAGUCCACGUUCAACACGAGCUCAAGAAGGAACUUGUUCUGAAUCAAGAAAAAAGUAAACUUUCCCUUGCUCAAGUUUAUGAACAGGAAUUUUUGAGCAAACAAGAAGUUAACAACGAUCAAGAACCAGUCGAAAGCAAAGAAAUAACUCAGCAGAAAGAGGAAAUUAUAAAAAUGAUGAAAUCUGUUUUUAAGAAAUUAGAUACUUUAUCCAAUUUCCAUUAUACUCCCAAACCGGUUAUUGAAGAGCUUAAAAUCAUCAGCAACGCACCUGCCAUCUCUCUUGAAGAGGCUAUUCCAAUGGCUGUGGCCGAAAGUAGUACUCUCGCUCCUCAGGAAGUAUCAGGUAAGAAAAGAGAACUGAUGGGAAAAGAUGAACGGACCAAAACUGACAAACGAAGAGAAAGGAGAAAGAAAAAAGCCUUUUUGUCCAAUAAGUUCAAGAAAUCAAAGAAUGUUGGUAGUCUUGCUUCUAAAGUAUUGAAGUCCAAAAAAGUCAGUUUAGUUGAACCGACCAAUAAGGACAAAGCUAUAAGCACAUCUACAAAGUUUUUCACGAAGCUUCAGGAAAACUCAGAAGCUGGCACUUUAAUUAAGAAGCCAAAAGAAAAGCCAUUAAAAUUCAAACCACAUAAGUAAAACUUUGGU